CAUCCACGCAGCGAAGUUCCAAAAAACAAUUAAACUUACGUUUGAAUUCUCCACAACUGCCAAUAUUUUAUAGAUCAAAGAGACCAAUUCUUGGCCUGUGAAAGUUACUAGAAACAAAUCUGUGCAAUGGAAUCCUGAAAGCUGAUGGGUAGCUCAAGCGAGCACAUCGUAAUGCUUCCGAUGAUGGCUCAGGGCCAUCUUAUACCAUUUCUAGCGCUGGCAAGAAAAAUCCACCAACUAACACGCUUCAAUAUCACCAUUGCUACUACCCCUCUCAAUAUCCAAUAUCUUCGAUCUUCAAUUUAUGAAGAUUCAAGCCCCACAAUUGAGACUGAUUCUUCUGGGAUCCAUCUCGCCGAGCUGCUCCCAUUUGGCAGCGUUGUUGAUCAAAGCAAGCCCUCGAACACUGAUCUCAAUGCUGAGAAUUUGCCAUUGGAUCGAAUGGCAGAGAUUUUUAGCUUAACGACGAGCCUUGAAGCCCCAUUUCGUCGAUUGUUAUUGGAUAUCAAUAAGAAAGAAGGCAGGCCUCCCCUUUGUACAAUAUCAGAUAUUUUCAUGGGUUGGGCUGUGGAUGCUGCCAAGAGUGUAGGCACGGUCAACGUUACAUUUAUCUCUACUGGUGCAUAUGGCGGUUUGGCUUAUUUCUCGUUGUGGUUGAAUCUUCCGCAUCGGCAAGCAGAUUGUGAAGAGUUUACUAUGCCGGGUUUCCCUGAUCGGUGCCGUUUUCAUAUCUCACAAUUUCAUAAAUUUAUUAGAAUGGCCGACGGUGCUGAUCAAUGGUCAAGGCUUCUGCAGCCACAGAUUUCACAAACAUUUCAGUCUUUUGGGUUUUUGUGUCACACUGCUGAAGAAGUUGAGCCUCAUGCACUAGAAUGGUUCAGAGAUUACAUAAAGCUUCCUGUUUGGGCAAUUGGUCCUCUUUUGCCCACGACUAUGGUGAGAAAGUCAUCGUGUUCCGGUUCUAGUAUCUCCAAACAUCGAGCUGGAAAAGAACCUGGAAUUUCUCCUGAAAGAUGUGUGGAGUGGCUUGAUUUGCAGAGUCCUGAUUCGGUUCUGUAUGUAUCUUUUGGUUCACAGAACACUAUUAGUCCUUCACAAAUGAUGGAAUUAGCCAAGGGUUUGGAAGAUAGCAGGAAUCCAUUUAUUUGGGUCAUAAGGCCUCCACUCGGUUUUGACAUGACAGGUGAAUUUAAAGCAGAAUGGUUGCCAGAGGGAUUUGAAGAAUGUAUCAGCAAGAGAAAACAAGGGUUGCUGGUUGAAAAGUGGGCUCCCCAGUUGGAUAUUUUGUUGCAUAAAUCUACCGGAGCAUUUCUCAGCCAUUGUGGCUGGAACUCAGUACUUGAGAGCUUGAGCCAAGGAGUACCGAUUAUAGGAUGGCCAUUGGCAGGAGAGCAGGCCUUCAACUCUAAGAUGUUGAUGGAAGAAAUGGGUGUCUCCGUGGAGUUGACAACAGGACAUGAUAGAGCGAUUGAGGCGAAGGAGGUGAAAAAAGUGAUAGAAAUGGUAAUGGACAAGAAUGGAAAAGGUGGGGAGAUGAGAAAGAAGGCUGUAGAGAUUGCUCACAAAAUAAGAGCAGCAGUUGUCGAGGAAGGAGGAGACCAAAAGGGAUCUUCCAUUACAGCAUUGGAGGAUUUUAUUUCCGCCAUUCUCACAAGGAGAUUCAGCUAGUAAUGAAAAUUAGACUAGUUUUUAAUUAUGGGGUUACUGUAUCCAGCAACAAAUCAUUGGCAAGGAACUUCAGCGAUUCUCUGCCGCUAAGUUUAUUUAUGUACUGUUAAUCAAAGCAUAAACUGUCAUGAGCUGCUUAAUUGUUGUUUUAACCCAUAAAACUUGAUCAUUGUCGAAUUUUAUGUUAAAUACGUGCCAAAAUCAAAGAGGGAUAAAGAUUACGGGACGGAGGAAGUACCAUUUUCACUAAACUAU